AUGGAAGAGGAGGAUGCUGUUGAAGUGUUGCAACGAUUUAGGCGGGACAGGCGAGUGUUGUUAAAUUUCAUACUAUCUGGAAGCUUAGUUUCAAAGGUGGUAAUGCCUCCUGGGGCAGUUACUCUUGAUGAUGUGGAUCUCGACCAAGUCAGUGUUGAUUAUGUUCUUAAUUGUGCCAAGAAAGGAGGAGUUCUUGAACUCUCGGAAGCUAUUAGAGAUUACCAUGAUGGUACUUUGUUCCCCAGUAUGAAUAAAGCAGGUUCCACCGAUGAAUUCUUUUUGGUUACUGAUGCAAUGUCUUCAGGCUCACCUCCUCGUCGGGAACCUCCAAGUCUACCAAAUAUUCUACCGUCUCCAUUGAUGCCCAGUCUGUCAAAUUCAGAGACUCUGGAAUCUCCUGAAGCUGAUGAAUUGUCGGGUUUAUCAAAAUCCCAGCCUCUUAAUUCUGUACCAGCUGAAGAGUUAACUGUUGAUGAUAUUGAUGAAAUUGAUGAUGACGAUGAUUUGGGAGAAGCUGAUAGCCAGCGAUACUCUAGAAGGGUUUUGAAUGACGCUGCGGAUCUUGCACCGGGAUUGCCUUCGUUUGCUACUGGUAUUAUGGAUGAUGAUCUUCGUGAAACUGCAUAUGAAAUCCUCUUGGCUUCUGCUGGAGCCUCAGGGGGACUCAUUGUUCCAGUUAAAGAGAAGAAGAAAGAUAAAAGAUCCAGAAUUAUGAGGAAGCUGGGGCGUAGUAAGACUGAACAUGUUGCUCAAACAGCACACGGAUCUGGUCUAGUUGGUCUUCUGGAGACAAUGCGUGUUCAAAUGGAGAUUUCUGAGGCUAUGGACACUAGGACAAGAAUUGGCCUUCUUAAUGCAAUGGUUGGAAAAGUCGGGAAAAGAAUGGACACUCUUUUGAUUCCACUGGAAUUGCUAUCCUGUAUUUCUUGGACAGAGUUCUCCGACAAGAAGUCAUACAUUAAGUGGCAAAAACGACAAUUAAAUAUGUUGGAGGAGGGACUUGUUAACCGUCCUGCCGUAGGAUUUGGAGAAUCUGGGCGAAAAGCUAGUGAGUUAAGGGUGCUUUUGGCAAAGAUGGAAGAAUCUGAGUUGCUUCCACCCUCCACUGGGGAGAUUCAACGCACAGAGUGUUUGAGAUCUUUAAAAGAGAUUUCUAUUCCAUUAGCGGAGAGGCCUGCUCGUGGUGAUUUAACUGGUGAAGUGUGCCACUGGGCAGAUGGUUAUCACCUAAAUGUCAGAUUGUAUGAGAAACUGCUUCUAAGUGUGUUUGAUGUUCUAGAUGAGGGAAAACUAACAGAGGAAGUGGAAGAAAUCCUGGAGCUUUUGAGGUCUACUUGGAAAGUUCUCGGGAUUACAGAAACCAUCCAUUAUACUUGUUACGCAUGGUUGUUAUUUCGUCAGUUUGUUCUCACGGGUGAGCUAGGACUUCUAAAAGAUUCAAUUGAACAAUUAAAGAGAAUACCUCUGAAAGAACAACGAGGGCAGCAGGAAAGGCUGCACUUAAAAAGCUUGCUUAGCAGAGUUGAAAAUGCCAAUGGAUUGCAAGACAUGACCUUUUUGCAAUCUUUCUUAUUGCCCAUCCAGAAAUGGGCUGACAAGCAGCUGGGGGACUACCAUCUUCAUUAUCCUGAGGGCUCAGCAAUCAUGGAGAAUGUGUUAUUAGCGGCAAUGGUGGUUCGAAGGCUACUGUCAGAAGAGCCUGAAAUGCCAAUGAACUCUGAACCUGCCACAGAUAGUGAGCAGAUAGAGUUAUAUGUGUUGUCAUCGAUUAAGAGUGCAUAUGUGAGGCUAGUUAAGGAUAUCGAGAUGGUGUCUGAUGCCACACAUGAGCAUCCUUUGGCAUUGCUUGCACAACAGACAAAGAAACUUUUGAAAAAGGAGGCCUCUACCUACAUGCCAAUCUUGUCUCAAAGGCAUCCCAAUGCAGUCGCUGUUUCUGCCUCUCUUUUGCAUAAGUUAUAUGGAAUCAAACUGAAACCAUUUGUUGAAGGGGUUGAACAUCUUACUGAAGAUGUUGUAGCUGUAUUUCCUUCUGCUGAUAAUCUUGAGCAGUAUGUAAUGGAAGUCAUCAUGUCUUACUGCAGUGAAGAAACUGGAGAAACAUAUUGCAGAAGAUUGAACCGGUACAAGAUUGAAACUGUAUCUGGAACAUUAGUGCUGAGAUGGGUGAAUUCACAACUGGCAAGACUUUUAGAUUGGGUUGAGCGUGCUAUUGAACAGGAGAGCUGGGUUCCUGUGUCGCCUCAACAAAGGCAUGGAAGUUCAAUAAUUGAAGUAUACAGAAUUGUGGAGGAGACAGUUGAUCAGUUUUUUGCUUUUAAAGUCCCGAUGAGGUCAGGUGAACUCAGCAGCCUUGUCCGUGGCCUUGGCAAUGCAUUUCAAGUUUAUGCAAAGGAUAUUGUUAAUCAACUAGCCAAUAAGGAAGAGAUUGUUCCACCUUUGCCAAUCCUAACACGAUUUUCUAAGGAGGGUGGUCUCAAAUCUCUAGUGAAAAAGGAACUCAGAGAUCCAAGGCUGACAGAUAUGAGAAAGUCCCAGGAAAUUAAUGUUCUGGCUACACCAAUUUUGUGUGUUCAGUUAAAUACCCUUCAUUAUGCAGUAGGCCAACUAACUAGGCUGGAAGAUAACAUUUUUGAGAGAUGGACCAGGAAAAAGUCUCAAGAUAUGUCAAUGAGAGGACCUAAAGAAGGACAAGUCAAAAGUUCAAUACAAAAAGAAACAUUUGAUGGAGGAAGGAAAGAUUUAAAUGCUGCAAUUGACAAAAUCUGUGAAUUCACUGGAACUAAAAUUGUUUUUUGGGACCUGAGAGAACCUUUUAUUGAAAAUCUAUACAGGCCAAGUGUUUCUCAAUCUAGGUUGGAAAUGCUGAUUGAUCCACUGGAUUUGGUACUUAACCAACUUUGUGAUGUGAUUGUGGAACCACUCCGAGAUCGUGUUGUGACUGGACUUCUCCAAGCAUCACUGGAUGGCUUACUGCGCGUUAUUUUAGAUGGAGGUCCAUCACGUGUGUUCACUCUUUCAGAUGCUAAGUUAAUGGAAGAGGAUCUUGAUGUUUUGAAGGAAUUUUUCGUCUCCGGAGGAGAUGGACUUCCUCGUGGAGUUGUUGAAAAUCAAGUCGCAAGCGUCCGACAAGUCAUAAAGUUGCAUAGUUGUGAGACGAGGGAAUUGAUAGAAGACUUAAAAUCUGCAAGCGGAUUAGAAUUACAAGGUGGAAAGUCCAAAUUUGGUGCCGAUGCAAAGACAUUGCUGAGGGUUCUGUGUCAUCGGAGCGACUCAGAGGCCUCUCAAUUCCUCAAGAAACACUACAAAAUACCGAAGUCUGUUGCGUAG